AUGGUUCGUCAUGAAUGCUUACAAUGUAGGGGUAUCUUUAUUACAGGCUCUUCGAUUCUGGGCGCGGGUGUGCGGUCCCCUCGGAUUACGACCAAAAACUUGAUUAGUAUCAUUUUCUGCGAAGUGGUCGCGAUCUAUGGCGUUAUCAUGGCUAUCGUAUUCUCUGCAAAGAUUUCAGCGCGCCUAGAAGACGGUGCAAAUGGUCUUUGGACCCCACAAAACUAUCUCACCGGCUACGCACUAUUUUGGGGCGGUCUGACAGUCGGACUGUGCAACUUGGUGUGUGGUGUGUCCGUGGGUAUUACGGGUGCCAAUGCUGCGGUGGCUGAUGCGGCCAACCCGCAACUAUUUGUGAAAAUCUUGGUCGUUGAGGUCUUUAGCAGCAUUCUUGGUCUCUUUGGCUUAAUCGGUACGUGCUCGAGUCGACUGACGGACAGUGGGCCUCAUUAUGGUGUGUGCUAG